AGAAUGCAAUUGAAUGUUAUUACAGUACAGUGUAUUUUUAUUUACAAAUGAUUGUAACAAUUUGACAUUUAUUGGUAAUUAUUCUUAUAAAAAUUCAUGUUUAUUCAACUAAUUACAAUAAAUAUAUUUUGUAAUAAUAUAAAAAUAAUUAAAUCUAUUAAUAUUAUAAACAUAGAUGUAACUAGAUAAGAUAGAUUAAAAAAAAUACCAUUAAAUUUACGUAUUAUCGAUUUUUAUUUAUUAAGUUAUACAAUUUAUAGUUAUUUUGUUUAAAAUAUAUUUUUAUAAGUGAUUUAUAAUUUCACAAGUAAAAAAAAAUUUUCAAUGAUAUUAGCAAUGGCUAAUAUACAAAUUGAUGAUGAUAUUUAUGAUGGAUAUAAUGACUAUCCAUCAAUAUAUAGUAUUAAAGAUUUUGAACAAGAUGAAUUAUUUCAAGAAACACUCAAUACAAGUUAUGCAAAAAGAUUAAUUUUCACACCAAAAGUGCCAGGAAGUGCUAUGCGUUUAGGUACAUCAACAGGAUUUCAUAGAAGUGGUACUAGUAUAUCUAUACGUUCUACUAGUGGACUUAGGCCAAUGACUGCAGUCAGAGGUGCUGGUUAUACUAGUAGUACUCGUCAAACAUUUGAUCCAUUAAAUAUGAGUAGUUCUGCUAAAGGUCCUGCACCACCUUUAGAAAAUGGAAAGGACGAUACACCUGAAGAAAAGAUAAAAGUAGCUGAAAAAAAAAUUAUGGAUUUAAUAGAAAGUUCAGUAGAAGCAGCAUAUGAAAAUAAUACAAGAGUAGCUUUAGAAAGAGCAAGAGAAGCAUCUUCAAGGGAAAGAACUCUCAUUAGAUUACAAGAACAAGCUGGACUUAGUGAUAAUCAUAAUGUAGAUUUAACAUUUGCUGUCAUUUUCAAUUUAGCAACUCAAUAUACUAAUAAUAAUAUGUUUACUGAAGCUAUAGCAACUUAUCAAGCAAUAACAAGAAAUAGAAUGUUCAGUAAUAGUGCUAGAUUAAAAGUAAAUAUGGGAAAUAUAUAUGUAAAAAUGGGACAAUUGUCUCAAGCAAUUAAAAUGUACAGAAUGGCAUUUGAUCAAGCUCCAGCAGCUCAUAAAGAUUUAAGAAUAAAAAUAAUGCAUAACAUUGGAAUGCUAUUUGUACAAAUGGGUCGUUUAGAAGAAGCAGCUAAUAGUUUUGAAUGGGUUAUGAAAGAAAGACCUGAAUUUAAAGCAGGCUUGCAUGCUGUUUUAUGCCAUUUUGCAUUGUCUCAUAGGGAUAAAAUGAAAAGAUCAUUUUUAGAAUUGUUAGAAGUUCAACUUAACAUAGAUCAGGAGGACAGAUAUAAUAUAAGUACAGAUGAUGUCGCUUUUAAUAUAUUGAAUGAAAUUUUAAAAAAUGAUGAUUUAUCUAAAUUAGAGAAAGAAUUAAAAUCAGAAGCAGAAAGAACUAUUCUUUGUGCUGCAAAACUCAUAGCACCCGUAAUUGAAGAUACUCUUACAGCUGGCUUUGCUUGGUGUGUAGAUACUAUAAAAUCUUCAGUUUAUGGUCUAUUAGCUGCUGAUUUAGAAAUAAAUAAAGCUAUGGUAUUUUUACAUAAUCGGGAUACCCAGUUGGCAAUUGAUACCUUGAAAAUAUUUGAAAAUCGUGAAAGUAAAGCUAAUAGUUCAGCUGCAACUAUGCUUUCUUUUAUUUAUUUUCUUCAAGGAGAUUAUGAUCAGGCAGAAAAAUGCGGAGAAAUUGCUCGAAAUGCAGAUAGUUAUAAUGCAGCAGCUUAUGUUAAUUUAUCAGCAUGUGCAAUCAAAAAGGGUGAAUUAAAUAUUGCUAGAGAACUUCUUUUAUGUGCAUUAGAUACAGAUGCUAGUCAUAUACAAGCUCUUUAUAAUUUAGGAUUAGUAUAUAAAAAACAGAAUAUGUAUGAAGAAGCAUUGGAAUGCUUUUGGAAAGUUCGUAAUAUCGUUAGACAUGAUCCACAAACAGUAUAUCAAAUUGGUCAGUUAUAUCAACUUAUGGACGACAUAGAUCAAGCAACAGAUUGGUAUAAUCAAUUACUUGGUAUAAUACCAUGUGAUCCUGGAGUUCUACAAAAAAUAGGCGAAAUGUAUGAUGCUGCUGGAGAUAAACAACAAGCAUAUCAAUUUUAUAGUGAUUCUUAUAGAUUCUUUCCCGCUAAUUUUGAAGUAAUCGAUUGGCUUGGAUCAUAUUUCGUAUCAAUGCAAAUUGCUGAAAAAGCACUAGUUUAUUUCAAAAAAGCAGUCGAACUUGCUCCCGAUGAACCGAGAUGGCGAUUACUUGUUGCUGCAUGUUUAAGACGAAUUGGUCAAUUUCAUAAAGCUGUUUUAGAAUAUCAAGAUAUUCACAAUAAGUUUCCUGAAAAUAUUGAAUGCUUAAAAUUCUUAGUUCGUUUAUGUAGUGAUCUCGGCUUAAAAGAAGCACAAUUAUAUGCAACAGAAUUAAAGCGCGCAGAGAAAGCGAAAGAAUUAAAGGACAGACAAAUAUCAGCAAGACCAGGGUCAAGAAGAAGUAAUAGUGGAGCAUCAUCACGAACUGGUUCUGGAAUGAGUGUAAUCUCAGAUCAUAGAUCAAGUCCCAUUUUUAAUAGAAAAGAAAAUCAAAAUUUAAAUAGUGCUGAUAUUAUUCGUUCUAAUCGAAUUUCUGCAAUUGAAAAUAUUACGGAAUCUACAAUUGAUAUGACUGAUCAAACAGGCAUUCCUUCUUAUGUUGAUCCUAUUGGCCCAUUACCUAUUCGUCCUAUGACGUCUGCUGGAAAGAGAGAUGAUGAUUUCGGUGAUGAAGAACUUGGCGAUGAUCUAUUACCAGAAUAAUGUAAAUUUGUUAUAUUAAUAACUUUUACAUUUUAUUCUACUGUGUUUUUGUAAACAUAAUGCUAGUUCAACUAUAAUGAAAACUAUUCAGAAAUUAAAUAUAAGAUAGAAUUUUGCAAUAUUUUUAUUUUAUAAUUAAAUAAUAUAAGUAAAUUAAUUAUUUUUUAAUUGUAUUUUUAUUAAAAUUAAUUAUAUUUUAAUAUCAAUGAUUUAAAUUUUACAUAAAAAUUUGCUAUAACAAUAUCAAAAAUUAAAUUAAUUAUUUGUUCAUAUUUUUACAAGUUUUUAAAGACAACUUACAAAGUUUUUAAACAUAUUUCGAUAUAUCAUAAAGUAUUGUGCUUUUAAUAAUUAUCAUUUCGAAGUGCAAGUUAGUUGUCUAUAGAAUAGUGCUAUUCAUUAUGAAACCAUGAGGGUCGGCAAUUGUAACGAUCUAAAUUUAAACACGCUGACCAAUUUAAUCAAACUCCAUUCAGCCUAUGUAGUUUAGGAGACGGAUGUUAUUUUAUUGCAGCUAUAUUCAAACUCCAUUCAACUGAUAUAAUGUAAAUCUGCAGUAUUCGGAAUCUGUUAUUUAAAUUUCCAUAUGUUUGUUCAAUUUAUAUCAAAUAAAUUCUUAUUGUGUAAUAGUUA